UGUAUGUUGUUUCUUGGGCACCAGCUGAACAAGAGAAGAAAUAAAAUGCUGGAAAACUGCCUCAUUCUGCAGCUAUUAAAGAUAACUCCAUUAGGUGGAGUGGAAUUAACUCUUUAGUUCUCACUACAGGGUUGGAGCAGAGUUCUAGAAAGCCACAUCUCAGGGCCAGUCUGUGGUUUGGGGAGCAACCAUGUCACCAUUUCUUCGGAUUGGUUUGUCCAACUUUGACUGCGGGUCCUGCCAGUCUUGUCAGGGCGAGGCUGUGAACCCUUACUGCGCUGUGCUUGUCAAAGAGUACGUUGAAUCAGAAAAUGGGCAGAUGUAUAUCCAGAAAAAACCAACCAUGUACCCACCCUGGGACAGCACCUUUGACGCCCACAUCAACAAGGGGAGAGUGAUGCAAAUCAUCGUGAAGGGCAAAAAUGUGGAUCUCAUCUCUGAAACCACUGUGGAGCUCUACUCGCUGGCUGAGAGAUGCAGAAAGAACAAUGGGAGGACAGAAAUAUGGUUAGAGCUGAAACCUCAAGGCCGAAUGCUAAUGAAUGCAAGAUACUUUCUGGAAAUGAGUGACACAAAAGACAUGAGUGAAUUGGAGACCGAAGGCUUCUUUGCCCUGCAUCACCGCCGAGGAGCUAUCAAACAGGCCAAAGUCCACCACGUCAAGUGCCACGAGUUCACCGCCACAUUUUUCCCACAACCUACCUUUUGUUCUGUCUGCCAUGAGUUUGUCUGGGGUCUAAACAAACAGGGCUACCAGUGUCGACAAUGUAAUGCAGCAAUUCACAAGAAGUGUAUUGAUAAAGUCAUAGCUAAGUGCACAGGAUCAGCUAUCAAUAGCCGAGAAACCAUGUUCCACAAGGAGAGAUUCAAGAUAGACAUGCCACACAGAUUCAAAGUCUACAAUUACAAAAGCCCGACCUUCUGUGAGCACUGUGGGACCCUGCUGUGGGGGCUGGCACGACAAGGACUCAAGUGUGAUGCAUGUGGCAUGAACGUCCACCACCGAUGCCAGACAAAAGUUGCCAACCUUUGUGGUAUAAACCAGAAGCUAAUGGCUGAAGCACUAGCAAUGAUUGAAAGCACCCAGCAGGCUCGCUCCUUAAGAGAUUCAGAACACAUCUUUCGAGAAGGUCCAGUUGAAAUUGGUCUCCCAUGUUCAGUCAAAAAUGAAGCAAGGCUACCAUACUUACCAACUGGGAAAAAAGAGCCUCAAGGAAUCUCCUGGGACUCUCCAUUGGAUGGGAUGGAUAAAGUGUGCCAUCGACCAGAACCUGAACCAAACAUAGAAAAACCAACUCUGCACCUGAAGCUAAAAAUCGAUGACUUCAUUUUGCAUAAAAUGCUGGGGAAGGGAAGUUUUGGCAAGGUCUUCCUUGCAGAAUUCAAGAAAACCAAUCAGUUUUUUGCAAUAAAAGCUUUAAAGAAAGAUGUGGUUUUGAUGGACGACGAUGUCGAGUGUACCAUGGUAGAGAAGAGAGUCCUCUCCUUGGCCUGGGAGCACCCAUUUCUAACACACAUGUUCUGUACAUUCCAGACCAAGGAAAAUCUCUUUUUUGUGAUGGAGUAUCUCAACGGAGGAGAUUUAAUGUACCACAUUCAAAGUUGCCACAAGUUUGACCUUCCCAGAGCCACAUUUUAUGCUGCUGAAAUCAUCCUUGGUCUGCAGUUCCUUCAUUCCAAAGGAAUUGUCUAUAGGGACCUGAAACUAGAUAAUAUCCUGCUAGACAAAGAUGGACACAUCAAAAUAGCAGACUUUGGGAUGUGCAAGGAAAACAUGGUAGGAGAUGCAAGGACCAACACUUUCUGCGGGACUCCAGACUACAUUGCCCCGGAGAUCUUGCUCGGUCAGAAGUAUAACCAUUCCGUUGACUGGUGGUCCUUUGGUGUUCUCCUCUAUGAAAUGUUGAUCGGCCAAUCACCUUUCCACGGGCAAGAUGAAGAAGAACUUUUCCACUCUAUCCGCAUGGACAAUCCCUUUUACCCACGAUGGCUAGAGAAGGAAGCCAAGGAUCUUCUAGUGAAGCUGUUUGUGAGAGAACCUGAAAAGAGGCUGGGAGUGAGAGGAGACAUCCGCCAACAUCCUUUGUUUCAGGAGAUCAACUGGGAUGAACUUGAGAGAAAGGAGAUUGACCCACCUUUCAAGCCAAAAGUGAAAUCGCCAUACGACUGUAGCAAUUUCGACAAGGAAUUCCUGAAUGAGAAACCCCGACUGUCGUUUGCUGAUGGAGCACUGAUCAACAGCAUGGACCAGAACAUGUUUAGGAACUUUUCUUUUGUGAACCCAGGGAUGGAGGGGCUCAUCUCCUGAACCCCACCUCUCCAGAAACUUGAAGAAAUUUGCAUCAUCUGGGAACUGGUUCAAGUAACACUUCUUGGGUCACUUUUUCAAGCUGGGAAAGAAAAGAAACACGACAGUAAAGGCUGAGACCUUUUAGCUCCUCAAGUGACUUUUUAUCUGUAGCGAAAACCAACUCUACUUCACUAAGGACAACGCCUCUAGCUCAUCGCCUGAUCUUUCCCAACCGCCCUUGAAGUUAGGUCAUUACUAACCCUAAUUAUUAACUUGAAAAAUGGUUCUCCACACUGUGACGGAUUUAAAACUUAAUACUUCUCUAAAUUAUAGAUCUUCCCUUGGGCACCAACUGCUGAUCAAUAAAAACGUGGUAAGCCAAGGAGCAAAGAGAACAAACUUCUCAAGUCUGACACAGCCCAUUGCCUGGAUCCGACUCAGCCAUAGAAAAAUAAUCACUAACUCAUUUGAUUCUGCGUAUAUCUGUGGAUGUGGCCUGCAAGGAAGCCCUGCAUAAGUUCUUACGGGAUUCUUCACAAUAAACGUAGCUUGCAACUGGAGAUUUACAAAUCAGUGCGUUCCGGUUGGCCAUGAAAUGGAAAGAGCUUCAUGUCACAGAUAGGGAAGGUCAACUAGAACACCCAUGGUGGUUAUCUUGUCAACAUAGAAACUGAGUUCAGAGACCAACAAAGAUCAGUUUGUUCCUGCUAAUAAAACCUGUCUGUCCAUCUGUUCUCAGUUGAUUUCAAUAGCAGUGCAGUUAUUCAUCACUAUCCUCACAUCCUGACAAGAAAAGAAAUGAUGUGCAUAAUCCUUCUAAGAGAAAAGAAAACCAAUCCCCUAUCAUCCAUUAUGGUGAUUUGAUGACAAGUCUCUCUUUAGGCAUCGUUCAAAAUAAGUGACCCUGCAUGCUAUUUGCAGUAGCCAAAUUUGGCUAAUUAGAGUUCUAACUAUACAUUUUAAAGCAUUUGUGCUGUUUGUAUAUUUUGUUAAAAUGUUGUGACUGUGAUAAAGAUAUGAAUGUGUCAAAAUAGAAUAAAAGAAGAAAGGUGUCCUUAAUAGUUUAAUUCCCUACAUGACUCCCCAAGAAUUUCCUCUGCUGUGUUGAUCACCAAGAUGUAGCUACCAGUGAUGUUUUGCAAUUUGGAAAUAAAAAUAAAUCCCCAAGUGGGUGAGAAAUUCAGAUAACCCUUAA